AUGUGACUUAGCAGACAGUUUAAUCUGUUAUCCCUACUAAAAAAAUUACUAUUAAUAUAUUUUUUAUGAAACUAUGGACCAAUUUCGAUUUAACACCAUGAUUGUAAUAGAUUUGGAAGCAACAGAUUUAGAUCGACCAAGGUUAAUAGAGUUCUGUGCAAUUGCAAUACCUGUAAAAUUUAUCAAGAGUGCUGAUAGUAACUGGUUCAGAGUUUUAGACAAAUUAAGUUUCUGUGUUUAUCCCCGGAGAAAUGUAUCUUUUGAAGCGUCAAACCUUACCGGCCUUUAUAAUGAUAUUUUGUACGAUAAAAAAAUAUUUUCAAAUGACCAUGCGGAACUGAUAAAGCUUUUCAUCGCUAAUCAAUUGCCUCCUGUCUGCUUAAUAGCACACAACGGAUUUAGAUUCGACUUCAAAUUAAUUAAAACUGAAUUAUUUUACAUUGGUGCAUCACUUCCAGAAGAUCUCAUUUGCGUAGACAGUUUAAUGAUAUUUAAUAAAAUUUAUAAUCAAUCUAACAAGGAAUCUGACUUUAAGCCAUCUGCAUUUCACGGAGCAAGAAAUAUUGACCAAUCCCUAUUCGACUCAAUUAACCAGAAAAAUGAAAGCAAGGCCUCUGGGCAGAAACAAAGAAGAUCCUGUGCCCUAAAUAGUCUUUAUAAAACUUUAACAGGAGAGGAUAUUCAGAACGCUCAUUCGGCAGAAUCUGACUGUAUAGCAUUGUGUAGAUUAAUACAUGAAGCACCUGAUCAAUUCUGGAAAGUUCUCAACGAGUUUAUUUGCUCUUGGAAAGAUAUAAAAUCAUUUGAAUUCGUCAAAAUUUCGACUUUACCAGAUGGUGUUUUUCCUUCACAAACUUGA